AUAAACUUACAUUUAAUUUCCAUUAAUCUCUCUCUCUCUCUCCUGAUUAAUCCAAACACGCCCAAUCGGAUCCUAUUCAACCCGCCUGGAUCACAAAACUCCAAAAAAAAAAAAAAAAAAUUCAAUCAAACCGCAGCUUGUCUCCACCUUAAUCCCGCACCUGUAAAAAUCCUCCGUCACACGAUCCUCUCUAGAUUCGCGGCGCCGUCGUCGUAGUAAAAAAAAUGUCCCAGUCCACGGCGAGGAGCGGGCGCGUUGUCGGCGACUACUUGGUGGGUCGGCAAAUCGGGUCGGGUUCGUUCUCUGUAGUCUCCGAAGCGAGGCACCGUGUUCACGGGACACAUGUCGCAAUCAAGGAGAUCGCUAUGGGGAGGCUAAACAAGAAGCUGCAGGAGAGUCUCAUGUCUGAGAUUUAUAUCCUGAGGAGGAUCAAUCAUCCCAACAUCAUCCGUUUGAUUGAUAUGAUCGAGUCACCUGGGAAAGUACAUUUGGUGUUGGAGUAUUGUAGAGGAGGUGAUUUGUCUGUGUUUAUACAGAGUCGUGGGAGUGUUCCUGAAACUAUUGCUAAGCAUUUCAUGGUGCAGUUAGCUGCUGGCUUACAAGUUCUUCGUGACAAUAAUAUUAUCCACCGUGAUUUAAAGCCACAGAAUCUUCUUCUAUCCACAGAUGGAAACGAUGCAGAUCUGAAGAUUGCUGAUUUUGGAUUUGCAAGAUCGUUGCAACCAAGGAGACUUGCAGAAACAUUAUGCGGUUCACCAUUGUACAUGGCCCCAGAGAUUAUGCAACUUCAGAAGUAUGAUGCAAAGGCAGAUCUCUGGAGUGUUGGUGCUAUCUUAUUUCAACUUGUGACAGGCACAACCCCUUUUACAGGAAACAGCCAGAUUCAGUUGCUCCAAAACAUUUUGAGAUCAACUGGAUUACAGUUUCCAGCGGACUGUAGAGAUUUAAGUUUGGACUGUGUAGAUCUAUGUCAGAAGUUACUGCGCAUUGAUCCAGUGGAACGUUUGACAUUUGAAGAGUUCUUUAAUCACCCUUUUCUUUCGGACAGGCAAUCAUAUGAUUUUUCAAGGAGUAGAUUGGGCUCAAGGACAAUGGACGGUUUCCUGUCUUCGGGAAGCAGUCCGUCGAGAAACAUGGAAGAAAGUUCUCAAGAAGACUGUUUACCGUUCCUUCUAGAUGAUGAUUCUAGUGGACCUGAGGGGAGCCCUUCACAUUUGAAAAGGACCUCCUCGAUGAAGUCCUCCUCUGGAUUUAACAUUGAUGCUAGAGUUGAGAGAGAGGAAAUGGAAUCUAGUCCUUUGAACUAUAGAAUCAACCAGGGAGCGGAUAACACUAGAUUUAGAAAUGAAACACACAUAAAUUCUGAUAGGAGAAACCAUGGUGAACCUACAAGACUGACUGAUUCGAGACCACUCAUUCCUAAAGGAAGAGUAGAUGAUUCUCAAGACUCAAUGGAUCAAGACUUCGUUCUCGUAUCUGGACCACCAGUGGAUUUGCCAUCAUCUUCAUCGAGUUCUUCAAAGGCUUAUAAUUUCCCAUUCAAGUCUCAGUCUCCUCCGGUAGAGUUAACUAAUAGAAGCAUAAGUUCAACGGCUCCUAUGCCAAUAAUUGGUGCUACUGGCAACAACGUUGGCCGGUUUGGAAGCCUGGACAGUCAGAGCACUUCUCAUGGGUCGCUGGAUCUCGGGGAUGCUUUUGAACAGCCAUCAACUAACAGCUUUACUAGGAUCAGUUCCCUGAAAAAAUGUGCAGCAACAAUUGCAGAAUUAGUUCAUGAAAGGAUCAAAUCUGACAAAUACCUAGAAGCAUUCUCUAUCCAGUUGGCGAUUUUGGCAAUUUGGAAACAGGCACUGCACAUAUGCCAUACUCAGGCAAUCUCAGGUCUGGAAGGAAGCCCUAGCCAAGACAUUUACAAACCAAGAGAAAGUAGCAGCAGCCUAAAAAACGAGCAUAUCACUGAUCUCAUCCAUGAUGGAUCGGAGGAGAUAUCCUCUCAGAUUCAGAGUCAGUUUAUCCGGGAGAUUGAGCUUGCUGAAGAACUUGCCAAGAGUAUCGAACCUGGAAAUGCAAUGAUGCCUGAUGCAAUGGAGACGAUAUUUGAAGCAGCUCUUGAUCUUGGAAAACUUGGGGGAGUUAAGGAGGUUAUGGGAGAAAUAGAGAAGGCUGGAAACCAGUACUCAAAAGCGGUGCGUUUGAUGGUAUUCCUUCUAGUGGAAGCACCAAUGCUGAUUCUGAACCCGCCAUUGUCUCUCACAAAUUCAGACAGGUAUCGACUCAGAAAAUAUAUAGAUAUCCUCAGCAGAAGAUUGAAACAUCUGCAGUCGCAUAGGAGAAGCUCAGGCUCUCAUAUGCAAGGAUCAUCAUCAUCUGCCAUGAUGAACAAGCAACCAUAGUUCACUUGGUUUGGUUUCUUCUGGUUUUUCGUUUUUUUCUUAAGAGAAAAAAAUGUAUUGUAUAUAUACAGCAAAAUCAUGUAUUCUUAUUCUUUUGGGGAUCUGGAGGGGGACUUUGGUGGAUAUGAUGUGUGAGUUGUGCUGGUUGUUGUAAAAUGUUCUUUCUUCUAUCUCGGAUCCUAAUCCCUUGGUUUAUGUAUAAGUAGAUUUAUGUAUAGGUUUUGGGUGAAUUUUACACACUUUUU